AUGUACUCAGUACCGAGCCCCCCAUGGAAUCCUACUGCUGCAGCCUCUCCACCUUUAACAUCCCCAAGUUCGCCAGCACGACCGAGUCGACUACGCGGAUUGAGUUACCUGCGAAGUUAUACCCAGACGCAUAUAUUAUCCCGAGACAGUCAAAGCCACAGUCACAGUCCCGGAAGCUCGAGAAAUAGUCCGAACCAACACCCCUCAGCUCUCUCGCGAGCUACCAGUUAUCCUUCACCCUCUGCAGCUGCAACCCAAAACAUUCGACAAACAUCCUCAACUGCGCAACAAUCCCCGAUAGACUCGCCACUUGAGAGAACCAGCGACCCAGAAUUCCCUUCCUUCACAAGCGGGUGGUUUCCAGCUGUGGGAGGGCAGAGUGAACCGCAGUCAGCAUCUACAGCUACAGCUCCAGCCUCGGCAGUUUUGUCUACCAACAACUCGUCAGCCGUCGCUUCAGAUCUUACCGCCUCCAUGGCUCGAACGCGGUCGGCGACAGCUGAAAUCGCAGGAGACAUGCCUCAAGUCGACGGAGGCGGGGAUAUACAUCAUGGCCAGAAUGCAGCUGACAACGGAAGGCCUUCUACGCAUGGCAUGCCCCAUCAGCUUCCCUCCAUACGCUUCACCGCACACCAAGAUCCAAGAGCGACAAGGCCAUCGCUGGCUUUCAUUCCUACGGCACGCAUAUUACCAACCGGUGGCGAAAUCAUAAAGGUCGGGAGAUAUUCAGAGCGCGAUAGUCAGCCUACAGCACCAGCGAAUGUUCCUUCAGCAGCGCCAGUUGGAUUCAAGUCGAAAGUUGUAAGCAGGCGCCACUGCGAGUUCUGGUGCGUUGAAGGAAGAUGGUUCAUUAAAGAUGUUAGGAGCUCUUCUGGCACCUUUCUCAACCAUAUCCGACUGAGCUCACCUGGCACGGAAUCGAAACCAUUCCCUAUCAAUGAUGGUGAUAUCGUACAACUAGGCAUUGACUUCAAAGGCGGAGAGGAGGAGAUAUUCAGAUGUGUUAAAAUACGGGUGGAAUUGAAUAAAGGCUGGCAGAAUGGCCCAAGUAGUUUCAAUGUCCAAUCCCACAAGCGACUCCGAGAGUUGAAUAGCAAUCAAGGGAAGUCUUCUCUAAGCGGACCAUCACAGGACUGCUCGAUCUGCCUGGGGCCGAUCGCCCCCUGUCAGUCCCUCUUCGUCGCGCCAUGCUCCCAUACAUGGCACUACAAAUGUAUACGAGUAAUAAUAAAUGGACCCCACUGGCCUCACUUCGUUUGUCCGAAUUGCCGAAGUGUGGCAGAUCUCGAAGCGGAACUCGAGGACCCCUAUGCGGAUGCCGAAAAUGCUGGAUGGGAGGAAGUACAAGCAGUAGAUGACUCACCAGUCGCGGCGGAUCGACCUAUACAAUCCCCCGAACCUGAGGGAGAACUUGAACACGAAACGGAAACGACAGAGGCAUUGAACACAUUCCUACACGCAGAAGGAGAGGAUUUGGAGCUAGAUCAUAUCGAACAUAGCGACGGCGUAGACGAAGCCAGUGAUGAUUCUAGUCAAGCAGCGAAUCACAUAGUGGAGGAUCUGGAAUUUUUAAGCGUGGAACAACCACCAUCUCCUAUAAGCUCCGCAGGUUCACAAUCAGAUCAAAUAUCGAAUUCUACCGUACCUCCAGUUAACAUUGGUCGGCCACGGGGAACACAUCUUGAGCAACCCGACCCCCGAAGAGGACGGAGUCGAUCUCGGACCCCGAGCCCUAACGGCAUACCUUCCUCUUUGUCCGACGUAUUAGUUGGAGCCGAGGGACCAAUGACACCAAGAAAUGAUGCUGGGCCGUUUGUCUUUGAUGGGAGCGCAGGCCGAUCUUCAGGCGCUAGACUUGCUGCAGCGAUGAAUUUGGGCGCUGCAGCAGAUAUGCCAUCGCCUCGAUCAACGCCCCAGCCGCAGCCGACAUCAUAA